UGCAGUUGUCUGUUGUCCUCGUUAUUAUUUCUAGUUCUUGUCAUUUUUUCUUGUUUUGUUGGCUGUUGGUGUUGGCAGAACAAAAUUAUUUGUAUUGUUUUCCUCCAACAAAAAUAAUUAUUUAUAAAUAAAAAUGGAUAGAAUAAAUGUAAAACCAGAUGAGCAAAAUUCUACAGAAUCAACUCCUGUUGAUUUUUCACAAAUUCUCGUGGCAUUAAUUGUUGGAUUGGUUGUUCUAGUCAUCUACUUCAUUUACAAGAAACGAUCAUCAACCAGAAGCACAUUCAUUCUUACCGGGCUUUGUGAUUCCGGCAAAAGUGUUGUAUUCAGUCAACUCCUUUAUUCAAAAGUUCCAGAAACUUUCACCUCGAUUGCUGAGAAUGUUGGUACUUACCAUGCUGGAAGACUUUCAACUCGUCUCAUUGAUAUCCCAGGUCAUGAGCGAGUUAGAGAUAAGUUCUUUGAUCAAUACAAAAACACAGCAAAGGGAGUCAUCUUUGUCGUAGACUCAGUGAACAUACAAAAGGAUGUUAGAGAUGUUGCAGAUUAUUUGUACACUUUGUUAUCAGAUUCUGCUAUAAAUCCUUGUUCAGUUUUGAUUUUCUGCAACAAACAAGAUGAAGAAAUGGCCAAGAGCAUUCAGGUUAUCAAAACUCUGUUAGAGAAGGAAAUGAACACAGUAAGAAAAACUCGUACAAGCAAGCUACAAUCUGUUGACGAUUCCGAGAAUAAGGUUGUUUACUUGGGCAAAGACGGCAAGGAUUUCGAAUUCUCUCAUCUCAAUCAGAACAUCCAAUUCUACGAGGGCUCUGGAAAGAACAAUGAACUCGAAAAUCUAUCCGAUUGGAUUGAUCGAAUGAUGUGAAAAUAUUUGUUUCGUUCUCCUUCUCAAUUUUGUAAUGCCUAAAUUUUCUGCUUAUUUUUUUCAUUAUGAAAAGACUAUUUUUUGAUAUCUUCAAUUUUAUUUUUACCAUUAAAAAAAAAUAGAAAAAAAAGUUCA